CUGGAAGGAAGGGGAGAUGGCGGAGCUGUGCUACUUUCAAUCUUAGCGUAUCAAUAUUACAUUCAGCUCACAGUUUGCCAAACAAGUGAUCAUUCUCAAACACUCAACGUCCAUUCAGGAAUGGCCGAGCAAAUCAGCAACGUUAGAUAUCAGGAGCUGGUGAAUGAGGAGGAGCCAGCAGCAGCUCAACCCCCUCAGGAGGAGCCAGCAGCUGUCCUGGAUGCCCCUCCCCCCUACAGCAGCAUCUCAGCUGCCAACGCAGCGUUCUUCGACUACAAGGAGGAUGCAGGCAGGUUCCCCAACCCCCCGUCCUACAACGUGGCUACCACACUGCCCUCCUAUGAUGAAGCAGAGAGGACCAAAGCGGAGACCGGUGUCCCUCUGGUCCCUGGCAGGGUCGUGGAGGAUGACUUUGACGAUGCUGACCAGCUGCGCAUAGGGAAUGAUGGCAUCUUUAUGCUCACCUUCUUCAUGGCAUUCCUGUUCAACUGGAUCGGUUUCUUCCUGUCCUUCUGUCUGACCACUUCUGCAGCCGGCCGCUACGGCGCCAUCUCUGGGUUUGGCCUGUCUCUCAUCAAAUGGGUUCUCAUAGUCCGGUUUUCCACCUACUUCCCCGGCUACUUUGAUGGUCAGUACUGGUUGUGGUGGGUGUUCCUGGCUUUGGGCUUCAUGCUGUUCGUCAGAGGGUUCGUCAACUACUCCCGGGUUCGCAAAAUGGCCGACCCUACUUACGCCACACUGCCCCGAACGAGAGUCCUGUUCAUCUACUGAAGCCGGUUUUUGAAUAAACACAACGUCCCUGAAUCUGGAUAGAGAAUCCUGGUUGUUUUGAAAAGCAUCAUACCGACAAAACAGCAGAAGUCUAAAACCAAACUACUCAGAUAAGCAUCACGACAUGGCAGGAUGGAGGGGGGAAAAAACACAAUCUUGAUGACUACAACUCUUGUAACAUUCAGGAAUUAAAUACACCAAUUGUUUUGUUUUAUUUUGAAAAAAUGUAAUUAAUGGAUAAAUGAUAGUAUGUACUCAUUAGUGGCGAAUGUUAAGUGCUAUUUUAAAUUUUUCAGUCUGUAAUGUAUGUGUAAUGCCUUAUAUAAUUUGAUGGUAGUGUACUAGCAUGCAUCUGCACCUCAAGGGAUCAGUCUUAUUUCACUAAUGCUUUAGUCAAAGCCCACAGGUGUAAUGCAUUACGAUGCAGUCAUAAUGCAUUAUAAGCACUUGUCAUAAGCACUUGUACCACCUUUAUGUUCAUAGUAGUCAUGAGAUGGGGGGGAAAAAAAUAUUCACGUAUGGUUUUACAAUUUCUGAGUUUGUAAUAAAAACAUUGGCAUUUUAUACAUGCUUAUCACAAGUAAUAAUGCGCUAUGCCUGUUGGCUUCAUCUAUGAAGCAUCGCCCUUAUUUCUGGCCAGUAGAGGGCAGAGUUCGUUGCUAAAAAUUUGUCAUGAAUUAUUCCUAUAAGACAUAAUCCUACCUUUUUAUAUGCACACCUACCUCAAACAUAAGGUAUCCUAUGUGCACAUCUUAAGGUAAAGAUUUUUGUCCAAAGUGUCUUUUUGUUGUACAACUCAUAGAGUUUUGUGUAGAAAAAUAACCAUUACGUAUGGAAAAACUAUAAUGCUAUCAGAGAAUGUAAGCAGGUGCACUUUUUAGAAACGUUAUAAUAAAACGCCAGGGAGUUCCUCCCAAUGAAAUCAACA